AUGUCGGCCCAAGCAUCCUCGUCCCAGUCAGUCACAACACAGCCCACUGCCCAUGGCCAGGGAUCUAGUGCCCCGCCGACAUCUCUCCGGCCGACUAAGAGCGCGAGUGGUUUCGAGUUUCCAGCCAUGUGGAGCUUUCCUCCCUUCUUCACCUUACAACCAAACCCCCAAACGCUCGCACACCAGCUGCUCCUAUGGCGCAACCUCUUGUUAGAAUGGGCGAGACAUGAGAGGGUGUUUGAGGUGAAUGUGGAUAGCGCGGGGAAGGAUGUGCUGGGGGUGUUCGAGAAUAAGGGUAUAGGACGGCGACUGUUACCGCCGAGUGUGAAGACAUUGAUGAGUGAGCUGGUCAAGAAUGGCGAGGCAGCACCCGAUCCGCCGAAACAAGAUACCCACUACCUCAUAUACUGGCGGAAACCCGAAGAAUGGGGAGAUAUCAUCUAUCACUGGGUCAUGGAGAAUGGGCUGAAUGCGAGUAUCAUGACGUUUUGGGAGAUCACAGAUGGAGACCUUUCGGAGACGACUGAGUUCAGACAACUCUCAGUGUCUAUACUACGCAAAGCCCUCGAAUCCCUGGUCAAACGGAAUAGAGCGCAGAUCUUUGAAGGUAAAGGCGAAGCUGGAGAAGGUGUACGGUUCUUCUAG